AUGCCGCUACUCGGCAAGGUCAGCCAAGUCAGCUUCGAGCGAGCCCUGGGGACCAUCAUCGGCGGCGCGCUGGGCUUCUGGGCAACCGCGCUGGCCACGCAUUGGUGGACGCUGAAGCCCAGCGAGACUGAUGAUCUGCUGCUGGCGGCGAUGACCGGCACCGCCGCUUUUGUCAGCGUUUUGGCCGGCCAGCGGCUGUCGCUCGACCUGUCGGCAAAGCUUUUCACCAUCGCCUUCAUCCUGGUCUGCUUCAGCUCGCAGGAGGGGCGGGACCCGCUGGUGGUGGCAUGCUCUCGAGUGGGCGGCAUUGUGACGGGCGUGGCCACGAUGCUGAUCAUGAGCGUCCUCAUCCUGCCCAAGUCGGCCACAGUGGAGGCGCUGCGCACGCUGUGCAAGGCUCUGGACAAGCUGCAAGAGGUGAACGACAUUGCUUGGGGCAGCUACCUUCCAGGGGAAGCACAGGCGGCGCAGCUGGUAGCAGCCACCGCAGCACAGCAGCACAGCAGCGGCGGCGUAAUCCGGCAGCAGCAACGGCAGGCCAACGGCCGCCCGCACGGCGAUGACUCUGCCAUGUCCGAGCCGCUGCUGCCACCUGGCGACGGCGAUGGGGAUGUCGAGUCUGGGCAGGCGUGGAGCGGUGCGGCGCUGGGCCUGCGGCUGGACAGCGGCUGUGUGUCGGGGAUGCUCCCUGCGGAACUUGAGGUGCAUGAGCUCAAGUCUGAAAAGGCUCUUACCCAGCUUUACGCUGUGCUCAACCAGCUAGCCGAGCAGCUGGCACUGGCCAAAACCGAGAUCUGGGUGUCUGGCUGCGGCGGCCGCCCCUUCCUCCUCCCGGGGCUGCCCUUCUGGCACCCGCAUUCCACCCACUUGCCAUGGAAGGGGCUGGAGGAGGUUGCGACUGCUAUCAGGCGUGUGGGGCGCAUCCUCAACACCGCCAUCUACACAUUUGAGGACGGGUUUGAUCAGCAGCUGCGGUCGGUGCUGGGCCCGAUGUACCCUGAGCUGUGCGAUGCGUUCUCCGGGGAGCAGCAGGUGGGAGGCACCGGCUUGGCUGCCUACUCGUCCGCCGUCCAGUCCCUCACAGCGAUGAGCGAGCAGAACCGGCGGCGGCUGGCGGGCGCGUUUAAGCGGCACAGAAGCCGGGCCGGCGCUCGCUCCAGCUGGGCCAACAUCAUCGAUUCUGUGCUGGAGGAGCAGCGCAGCCAGCUCGACACGAUGGUGCAGGGCAUGGAGGGCCAGGUGCUUGCUGGGGAGCCUGCCGCUCCGGCCACGCAGCUGCAGCAGGCAGAGGCGCCUGCUGGGGCGGCCGGCAGUGGCCAGGGGGCCUCCUCAGCGGUAGCAGCAGCAGGAGUAGCAGUGGUCCGAGAGGACAGUAAGGAUUACCAGCGGGAGGCCACGCUGGCUGGCUGGCUGCGCCGGGUCAGCUCUGGGAGGAUUGGGGGUGGCAGCAGCGGCGACAUUGCGGCCGGCGCUGCCGCCGCCAUCGCCACCGUAGCCAAAGACGAGGCGCCGCAGCAGGUCUCCACAAACGGCGAGGCUGGAAGCCGUUGCAGCAGCCCCGUCAAGUCAGCCAGCCUGGCCGCUGCCGCGUCCCAACGCCGCGGGCUGGCAGAGGUGCCUACUGCGGGUGGCGGCGGCAUGGGGCAGCACUCGGCGCCCCCGCUGCUGUCGCGUGUGUCGAUGCUGCGGCAGGGCGCAGGCGUGUCUUUCUUCAGCUUUGUCUUCUUGUGUGAGGAGCUGCGAGAGCAGCUGGAGGACCUGCACUCAGCCGUGGCAAGCGUGCUGCGCCGCCUGCCGGACCUCUGGCCGGGCUACCCGUUACCCGCGGGCCAGGCUGGGUUCCAUGGCACGGUGGGCAAGAAGAAGGGCUCCACGCAGCACUUCGUCACUUUUCCUGAUGACGAUGCCAAGUAUUUCUUUGAUGAUUCGCUAAUUGAGCAGUGGCUGGUAGAGGAUGCCAAAGCAGGCAGUACCAGCAAGGCGGCCCCCAAGCGCAAGGCGGAUGCUGUUCGCCCUGCAGCAGCAGCAGGAGCAGCAGGAGCGGCACCCGCUGAGCAGCCAAGCAAGAAGGCGAAGGCUACAGCAGAUCCGGCGGCGGCCAAGGCCACAUCCGUUGUCAAGUCGCCCGGCAAGGCCCCCAAGGAAGCAGAUGAUACCCAGGCCAAGUCUCGGUUGCGUGCUGCGCUCGACUCGGCCUUGGAUCUGCUUGACAUGCGGGGGCUGGAGGAGGUUUACAGAACAGCCCUCGAGGCCAAGAAGCUGCUAUGA